GAAAAGGGUUGAGGUUUAGUGUGAGGUUGGAGAUAGGGUGGGGGUAGAAUACGUAAACGAUACGUUUGGAAAAAGAUAUAUGUAUGUGUGUGUACGUACGUGUGAAUGUGUUUGUUUGUGUAUAGUCGAUUGACUACUCUUUUGCAUGGGGAAUUGUCGACGACUGUGCAAACAUUGAUAAUUACACCGGCAAUUAAUUCGGGCUGCGGUUGAUUCGAAUUUACAGGAAUGGCAGAAUACGAGGAGAGCAUUAACGUGCGAAGGGAUAAACUAAGGGAUUUGAUAUUGAAAGAGGAGAUGGAAUUGACGCGGGAAAUUAUUGAGCAAGCCCAACACGGCAAUGAUUUUCGUAUGGAGGAAAUGAGGGAGGAAACUGAACGACUUAGGAGACAACAGGAGGAAGAACGUUUAGCGUUAUUGGCUACCAAACGUAUGCAACAAUACAUCGAACGUCAUUCGGAAUUGAGAACACAAUUGACCAAAAGAUUUACGAAAGAAGCUAAGAGUUGUAACUUGGUGCAAAUGGCGGAAAACGAAGCUAAGAGACGUGCUGAGAACGAAUUGGAAGAACUUUGGCACGAAUUGAUGUUGAGGGAGAUCAAGGCUAAAGAGGACAGAGAAAUUGAGGAAGCUAAAAAACGUUUUCAUCAGCAACAGGACGCUUUGACGACAUUGGCCAAACAGGUGGCAGGUAAAUUGGCUUUGGAGGAGGAAGAAAAACGAGUAAGGAAAGAGGAGAGAGAAUAUUUGGAACAAUUAUGGGAGAACGUUAGGAAAGAAGAAACGAAAAAAUUGGAAACUGAGAGAAAGAAACGAGAAGCAUUGAAAAAAGAAUUGGAGGAACAGGCUAGCAGAGCUAAAAGGAUAUUAAUAGAACGUGCUAAAGAAGAAGCUAAGAUAGACGAGACCUUGAACGAUCUAGCGAAAGAGGAAUUGGAACGAGAGAAACAAGCCGUGAAGGAAAGUUCGAUAGCACUGAGGCAAGAAUUACUAGCUUAUCUGAAGUAUCUCGAAGAGUUGCGUGAAGAGGAGGCUAAGAGAAAUUUAGAAGUGGAUAAGAUAAUCGAGGAAUCGAUGAAGGACGCAAAUGCUAGAAGAGACCUUGCUGUUAAGAGAUUCAAGGAGAUGAGAGAACGAAAUUUGCGCGAGGUCCUUUUAGGUAGGGAAGAACAAUUGAGAUUGAAGAAGGAAUCAAUGGAAAGAGAGAAACGUUCUAUCGAAAAUGAGAAAAUUCUUCUUGAAAAAGAAAUAGAAACUAAUGCCAAAUUGUCAGCUAUCAUGAAAGAAGAAGAGAGAAAGAAAAUGAUUUGUUAUGGUAAAGAUUUGAAGGAACAACAAAAAUAUUACGAAAUCGUUCGUGCUAGGGAACGUGAAGAGGAUGAAAAAAUUUAUCAAGAUGGUUUGAAACGUGAGGAGGAGUAUCAAAAGUUAAACGAAGUAUUGUUAAAAGCAACGGAAAACAUCGCAAGGCCGCAUCCUUUCAACCUACUCCUCAAGGAAUACGAAACUCGUCAUCGUUGUCAACUUGUUCUUGAGAAACCAGAAGAAGUCCUCAGUUAUUGCCCUCCUUCUUUACCACCACCUAUUCAAACUCUCCCACCAUCCUCGACUAAGUAAUUUUUCUAACGAUCCACCUUCUUCUUCCUCAUCCUCCAACCAUCCCAGCCCACC